GUUUCGUUCAAAGUUUAAUAAUGAAACUAAAUUUCAGUAUCAAAGUUCGAUUCUAACAAAAUCAGUUAGCAAAAGCUAACAAAUAAUUAAAUUUCGAGAUGGGAGAUAAAUGUUGUCCCAGCCGCGCUUGCUCUCCCUCUUGCGCCGGUGCUGGUAAAACGGCACAGGAAAUUCAGCAAGGUGAUGAGGAGAACAGAACAUUCCUAGUUGUAACUAAUUGGAGAAUGUAUGGAAACAAAGCUCAGAUAAGUGAUCUAAUCAAAUGUAUUAAAAAGUUAAAAAUUCGAGACAAGGAAAUAAUAAUAGCACCUCCAGCUAUAUAUUUGGAAUAUACUCAUCGUUUGGCAGGUAAUAUUGUACAAGUUGCUUGCCAAAACUGCUAUUAUCCCGAUAAAGGUCCGUAUACGGGGGAGAUCUCCCCUGCUAUGUUGAGAGAUAUGUGCAUAGAAUGGGUAAUUUUGGGAUAUUCUGAUCGCCGUUAUACGUUUUGCGAAUCAGACGAACUAAUUGCUUACAAAGUAGGAUAUGCUUUGAAUUGUGGCCUAAACGUAAUACUGUGUGUAAGCGAUACCUUAAAAGACUGCAAAGAAGGUAAAACUAUGGAAGCCAUUUUUCGACAAUUGAAAUGUGUUUCAAAUCAGGUAACCAACAAACAUCAUUGGCAUAAAGUUGUUAUAGCUUACGAGCCGGUAUGGGCUACGGGUUUGUGCAAACCACCCGAUCCGCAGCAAGUUCAAGACAUACUUGCGUGUAUACGAACUAAUUUUAGUAAAUGUAUUAACGCAGAAGCAGCAGCGAGUAUGAGAAUUAUCUAUGGAGGUUGUAUUUCUGGAGAUAAUUGUGACGAAUACGCUAUAAUGCCCGAUAUUGAUGGUUUUUUAAUUAACGAGUAUGUUCUUAAACCCGGAUUCAAUGAAAUACUGAAUGUUAAUCCCAUACCUUAGAUGAACACAGUUUUAUGCGAUGUGGUAGAUUUACAGUUGAAUAGAUGAACUUAGGUUGGCCAAAUAAGGACUUACAUUAAUACUAAAGUUAUGAAUAAUGUAUAGGUUUGCGUAGCGUCUUUUGGAAUAACUAAAUUAAUAAUAAAAUGGUUCUUUAUUUU